AUGGCGGCUCUAACUCAAUAUACUUAUGUGUUUGCUCUUACAGCCGCAUUUGCCGCUCUUGACGCUUGGAAUAUCGGUGCCAAUGAUGUCGCCAACUCGUUCGCAACGUCAGUCUCUUCCCGGUCUCUGACCUUGAAGCAGGCCAUGGCCUUGGCUGCUGUCUGUGAAUUCUCCGGAAGUGCAACCGUCGGCAGUCGAGUAGCUGAUACGAUCCGCACCAAAAUCGUCGACCCUCACCAGUAUGACUCCUCGCCUCCAGUCCUCCUGCUCGCCAUGAUGUGCACAGUGUUGGCAUCGUCGACUUUCCUCACCGUGGCCACCCGGUAUGGCAUGCCCGUUUCCACUACGCAUGCCAUGGUUGGCGGACUGAUAGGCACAGCUAGUGCGUCCAUUGGAAUUCAAAAUGUGAAUUGGGGAUGGACGGGCCUCUCGCACGUAUUUGCUGCCUGGGCUGUUGCGCCUUGCAUGGCGGGAUGCCUGGGUGCUUUGCUAUUUCUAAUCACAAAGCAUAGCGUUCUUAUCAAGCCGACGGCGGCGCAACGGGCCUUCUAUUCCAUCCCCUUUUAUACUUUUCUUACGGUUGCGUCUAUUACCAUGUUGAUUGUAUGGAAGGGCAUACAGAUAGUCCAACUAUCAACCACGCAGGUUCUAUUGUCCGUUGGCAUCGCAGCCGCUGGAGCUACAUUACUGCAAAUGAUUUUUGUCAUGCCAUAUCUCUGGGUACGAAUUAUGCGUCAAGACUGGACCUUGAAAUGGUAUCAUGUUUUUCAGGGACUUUGGCUUUUACGACGACAGCCACCUCCGCCAACUCCUCCUGGUUUCGUAAAGCCGCAGAUCAAGGACUACUACCGUGGCCACCUAACCCCCGAAGAAUUACAUUGUAUGCGAGCAUCAGAGACGUUGUUGCAAUCGGUGCAGAGAGGUCGCCCCGGGGAACAACCCGACAUGGAUAAGAACGACGAUCUUAUUCUACCGCCAUCUGCCUUGUCACCAAUGCCUUCUACUCGAAGAGAUUCUCUAUCAAACGAUGGGCUUAUUCCUCCCAGACCACCCGGGCCAUCAACGAGUUUUCCAGUGAUUGCCUGGAAAGCCAAUCGCUUCCUACUUCGUGGCAUCGAACAAGACGUCAUUGCAAUGCAGAAGCGCAAUGCAGUUCUAAAAUGGGAUAUUGAAGACAUGCAUUCUCGAGCAACGAGAUUCGACAACCGAGCGGAAUACGUGUACUCGUCACUCCAAGUCCUCACCGCGGCCGCAGCAUCAUUCACACACGGAGCCAACGACGUCUCAAACGCAAUUGCUCCCUUCUCAACUGCGUACCAAGUCUGGUCAACAGGGACCAUCCCCGAUCUUGUCCAUAUUCCCAUCUGGGUGCUUUGUUUUGGCGGCGGAGGGAUUGUGCUCGGCCUGCUGACGUACGGGUACCACGUCAUGAGGACAUUGGGUAAUCGGCUGACUCUCAUUUCACCGAGUCGGGGAUUCUGUAUGGAACUCGCCAGCGCCAUUACCGUCCUCACGGCGACUAAACUAUCGCUGCCCGUGUCCACGACCCAGUGCAUUACAGGAGCUACGGUGGGCGUGGGCCUGGCUAAUGGGGAUUGGAAAUGUAUCAAUCCGAGGUUGGUGGGAUGGAUAUACUUGGGCUGGCUCAUUACUGUGCCAGUCACGGCGUUGACAUCCGGCUGUCUGAUGGGCUUAAUUCUGUAUGCACCGAGGUGGUGA